AUGUCCAGGGCCUUCCUGUGUAAUUGUGAGCUUGUGUCAUGUAAGAAUCGGGCCAUUUUCAGAUUUGAUCCAGCAGAUGAAGACAAAAGAAAGAAACUGUGUGAGGGAAUUCUAAACAUCCUUGAAAAAGACACAAAAACUUCAUGUCAAGUUGCCUGCCUGGAGGCCCUCCGGAUUCUCUCCAGGGACAAGAAGGUUUUAGUGCCUGUAACCACGAAGAGGAACAUGCAGAUCCUUAUGAGGCUAGCAAAGCUGGACACUGUGGAAGAUCCUUUGGAGAGAGUGUCUGAAUUUCCUGUUAUAGUAGAAGCUUUAAAAUGCCUCUGUAACAUAAUUUUUAAUAGUGCUGUUGCACAGAAGCUCAGUUUGGAACUGAAUCUUGCAGCUAUGCUCUGCAAUCUUCUGGAAAAAUGCAGGGACCAACAGUUCGUUGAUGACAUUAAAUGCUUUGAUUUGCGUCUCCUCUUCCUUUUGUCGCUUCUACACACAGAUAUUAGAUCGCAGUUGCGUCAGGAACUACAAGGGGUGCAAGUUUUGACUCAGGCUUUGGAAAGUUCCCUGAGUGUAAGAUGGACGGAAGAAUAUAAAGCAGCAGAAGAUCGUGACAGGCCUCCUCUGUCUUUGCAAGAGACAGAUUGUGCCAUUGAGGCACUAAAGGCUCUUUUUAAUGUAACGCUUGACAGCUGGAAUGUCCACAGCGAGACUGAAUCUCAUCAAUUUCGUUACAUGGCUGCCAUCCUUCGACACUGCUUAUUAACCACGGGCCCUACUGAAGACAAAACUGAAGAGUUGCACAGCAAUGCAAUCAACCUCUUAAGCAAUAUUCCCGUUUCUUGCUUGGAUGUUCUUAUUAGUCCAUCAUCCCAAGAGGAAACAGAUAUAAAAUACAAUGGUAUGAAUAUGGGAGCAAUUCAAAUUUUACUGGAUUUCAUGGAGAAGAGAAUAGACAAGGGAAGCAGCUAUAGAGAAGGUCUGACUCCAGUUCUCAGUUUAUUAACUGAGUGCUGCCGAACUCAUAGGAAUAUCAGGAAGUUUAUCAAAGCUCAGGUAUUGCCUCCAUUAAGAGAUGUAUCAAAUCGUCCAGAAGUUGGCACAACAGUGAGGAACAAGCUUGUGCGCCUUAUGACACAUGUUGACCUUGGAGUAAAGCAAAUUGCAGCAGAAUUUCUUUUUGUUCUUUGUAAAGAGAGAGUUGAUAGCCUGUUAAAAUAUACAGGCUAUGGUAACGCGGCAGGAUUGCUGGCAGCAAGGGGCCUGCUAGCAGGAGGAAGAGGAGAUCAUUGGUACUCAGAUGACGAAGAUACGGAUACAGAAGAAUACAAGUCUGCAAAGCCAAACAUUAACCUUAUCACUGGUCACUUAGAAGAACCGAUGCCCAAUCCGAUGGAUGAAAUGACAGAAGAACAAAAAGAAUAUGAAGCAAUGAAGCUUGUCAACAUGUUUGAUAAACUUUCCAGAGAUGAGCUUAUAAAACCAAUGGGAGUGCGGCCGGAUGGUACAAUGGCUCCUUUGGAAGAAGCAGUCAGCCAGUACCAUACCAACAAGCAAGACAGUUCAGAUUCAGACUAAAGCAUCACCUGCUUCACUCUCAAUUCUCCUCUAAUCCACACUUUUCCUUAGAGCCACGACAUCUUUUAUCUAGGCAUUUCAUCCUCACGUUAGCCAGCAUCACUUUAACUGUUCUAUUCUUGGGCUAUUUAAAUGAUGGGUCCUGCGGUGUAAUGUCUGAAUUUUUAUUAUGUCUGUUUAAAGAACAUAUCAAUUCAUUAG